CUCAAAUCCCUCACCACCAUCUCCUCUCUUCCGCCCAAUUGUCGCCCUCUCAUGUAUUACUUCCCGGCAUGGAUGCUUCGGAUUGCUGUCAGGAAUAAAACAUGAGCUCCAGGACGUUCGCCACGCUGCGGACUGCGAACCCUUCGCAACUGAAGCGAAAGAAUGUCUCCUUGAGCGCUAGCCCGCCUGCUCGUGGCCUUCCUCCUCGUCGGUGUCUUUCAUCCGCCCCCGAUCGGCAAGUUCAACAAAGCGCCGAUUUCUCUUCCAGCAGCAAGAGGUACGAUCGGCUAGGUCGUCGGGCUAAGGAGAAGCUCCUGGACCGGGAAUUCUUUCUGAGUUUAUUGAACUCCGCCUCGACCAAACGAGAGGCCAAAUCCUAUCUGGCCCGCAUUCAAGCCCAACACCAGGAGAAACGGCAACAGAACCCGGCUCCCGAGCAAACAGAACCCCCCGAAAUAUCCAUACCUUCGACAUCUGCCAUCCACUCGGGUUCCUUCUAUGGCGCGUCCCGGUCGGUCUACGACAGCCCCGUUUUUAGGCAUGACUCAACCCCGGCUCCACCCCAGCAAGACGUUUCGGAGCGCCUGCAUCUAGCUCUGAUCAAAGUCACAACCCCGCAGCUCCUUGACGACACCAUAAUCAAUGGAGUGGCAAAGACGCUGUCGCAGCUAAACCGCCUGGGCAUGGCGUGCUGCGUGGUGGUUGAUCCGGGCACGGGGGAUAAUGCCCAUGAGUUGCGGAAGGUCGCCGCUGAGCAGGUGGACCGUAUUUCGACAGCGAUUGAUGCCCAGCCCGACUCUAAAUCCGCACAUACCGACUCGGUAUUGUCCAUCUCGCCUGUGAAUCCAGCUACUCCGAAAGUUUUGUCUCGGAAGGCUCUUCUAGGUCCGUUGCGAGAUGGCCAGAUCGUUGUCGUGGCUCCGAUUGCCUAUACGGAAGAUGUCCCUCGGGCGGUGACCGUAUCCGCAAAGGAUGCCAUUCUGGCCCUGACAAAGGAGCUUGCUGGUCUGGCGACAGUGCCUGAUCCAGAUGAAGACCCAUUGCUUACUGCCCAGCGGAUUACUGGGUUGCAGAAGGAGGUCUCGUUAGAUCGAGUGAUCCUAUUAGAUCCUUUGGGUGGAAUCCCCGCCUUCAGCGGACCCCAGACAUCCCAUGUUUUUAUCAACAUGGAGCAGGAAUAUGAUGAUAUCGAGAAUGAGCUGCUUCGGGUGUGGCAGUCUGCCACAGCGGCCAAGACAAACCUGCCCGAAGAGGGCCUACCUUCGAUCGCCGACAGCAACCCUCUCUCCAAGUUCGCCGAUCUGGAAGUCGUCCCAGUGCCUCCCAGCCAGAAGUCCUACUCCCCCAAUCCCAUCCUGGAUACAGCCGUUGUUGAAGGCCAUCUGGACAACCUCCGACUAAGCCAGGCAGCACUAGCCAUGCUGCCCUCGGCCUCGUCCGGCAUCAUCACCUCCCCUUUCGAAGUGGCCAACUCGGCCCAAAGCUCCGAGAGCGCCAUCUCCGACGUGUCCGCAGUGGGAACCCGAAGACAGAGGAACCCGCUGAUUCACAACCUGCUCACCGACAAACCUCUUCUCUCAUCCUCCCUCCCCCUGAGCCGACGUGCAGCAGUGAAUGGCGGCAGCCGAAAGAACUCCGUCACCACGCCCAGCUCCCACACCACAUUCGUCAAGCGCGGCAUGCCACUAACCGUCAUUCCUAACCCGUGGGCUUCGCCCUGGACGGCCCAAACCCGGCCCCUCCUGGGCCUGGACGACCCCUGCAUCGACCUGCCACGGCUCGUUCACCUGAUCGAAGACUCCUUCAACCGCAAACUCGACGUCCAGGACUACCUCAAUCGCGUCAACGGCCGCCUCGCCGGCCUCAUCAUCGCAGGGGAAUACGAAGGCGGGGCGAUACUAACCUGGGAGCUCCCUCCCGGCGUAAAAGACGACGGAAGCGCGGCCAGUCAAGCGCGCAUGGUCCCCUACCUCGACAAGUUCGCCGUCCUAAAACGCAGCCAAGGCGCCGGCGGCGUCGCCGACAUCGUCUUCAACGCCAUGAUCCGCUCCUGCUUCCCCAACGGCGUGUGCUGGCGCAGCCGCAAGGAUAACCCCGUCAACAAGUGGUACUUCGAGCGCUCCCAGGGUACCUGGAAGCUCGCUGAUACCAACUGGACCAUGUUCUGGACCACCCCUGGUCUGCCCGAGGAUGCCCAGAAAUUCCAGGACUAUGAGGACGUCUGUCGCAGCAUUGAGCCCAGCUGGGCUGACGAUACCGGCGUUGUGGAUUGAGGAGGGGCCUUUUGAGUAUAUUUUGUUUUGUUUGUGUGCAGUGUAGAUACAUGCAUGACCCGUAUAUUGGAUGGGAUUUCGCCCGCAUUUCCAUUGUCUAUUCUUUGGAUAUACCACGAUGGCUAUUGCUUAUUUCUUUUGGAGUCACCCUUGUAUAUUGAUUGCCGUACUGUUUGAUGGACCAGGCUGGAUUGCAAGAUUGCAAGGUGGACGUAGGGCUGCAUAUGCAGGACGGUCCCGGAGCAUUCUAGGGCG